UUUUUUUUAUUCCAAUUCAUUUUUUUAAUGUAAAAAAAUACAAAUAAGAGAUUAACAGAAUUAGGGGGAAAAUAUGUUGUUUUCACCACAACCUUCUGUCUUUGUUGGUUGCCACAGUGAUUUAGACUUGAAAGCUCCCAUCUUUUCAUGUCUAUUGACACUGAUAGUUGAUACAUCACUUGCUUGCCUUGUUCAUGUCCUCUUUUGACCCUUUAUUUUCUCUCCUCUCAUCUUCUUCAUUCAUCUUUGUCAAACACUGUUUUAAAGUAAUCCGAUACCUGAUCAACAAUCCCAUUUUCCACAUCUCCCUCUCUCACACAGCUGCAAUAAAGAGAGAUACAGAGAGAAAUAGAAUAAGCAAAAAAAAAAAAAAAAAUGGGGUCUUUGGAGGUUGAAGCUAUGGAGAAGAAGGCAAUGUGGCUAUAUCCUAAAGUUAUGGGAUUUAAUCCUUCUGAGAGAUGGGGGCACUCUACUUGUUAUGCUCAAGGGGUUCUCUAUGUGUUUGGAGGGUGUUGCGGAGGCUUGCAUUUCGGUGAUGUUCUUCUGCUAAAUCUUGACACAAUGGUUUGGAAUGCUCUUGUAUCAACAGGUGAAGGGCCUGGCCCAAGAGACAGCCACAGCGCUGUUGUUGUGGGGCAGAAAAUGAUAGUGUUCGGGGGUACAAAUGGCUCAAAGAAAGUAAAUGAUCUACAUAUACUAGAUCUCGGAAAAAAAGAAUGGAUGCAACCAGAAUGCAAAGGAACUCCGCCUUCGCCUCGUGAAAGUCACACUGCUACACUCGUCAGUGAUGAGAGACUAGUGAUUUUCGGAGGCAGUGGAGAAGGCGAAGGAAAUUACUUGAAUGAUUUGCAUAUUCUUGAUCUCAAGACCAUGUCAUGGAGUUCCCCUGAAGUGAAGGGUGAUGUUCCUGUCCCUAGAGAUAGUCAUAGUGCUGUUACAUUUGGAAACAAGCUCUUUGUAUAUGGUGGAGACUGCGGUGAUCGGUAUAAUGGUGAUGUUGAUAUGCUCGAUAUGGAUACCUUAACUUGGUCAAGGCUGUCUGUGCAAGGAUCUUCACCUGGUGUUAGGGCAGGCCAUGCUGCUGUGAACAUUGGGACAAAGGUCUAUGUCAUUGGUGGAGUUGGGGACAAACAUUACUACAAUGAUGUUUGGAUCCUAGAUGUGAGUACUUGUUCUUGGACUCAGCUUGAUAUACGAGGCCAACAACCACAAGGGCGGUUCUCUCACACAGCAAUUGUUGCAGACCUUGAUAUUGCCAUCUAUGGCGGUUGUGGUGAGGACGAGCGCCCUCUCAAUGAGUUAUUGGUGUUGCAACUUGGAGCAGAUCACCCCAAUGGCCGUUACAACAUUUCCAUGUGCAAGAUUUUCGGAAACCAUUGGAACCAAGAUAAGCGGAGGUCCUUGAGAAGAGAAGGGAAUAAUGACAUGAAAACAAUAUUUUUGGGGAACAAUGUGGUAGUAAGAGAAAGAGCCUAUGAACUAGAAUCAGAAAGAAAGCGGCCUUUUCCUUUCAAUUCAGAUACUUUACACCCAAAGAGGAAAAGAACAUCAACCGCAAAAGUAUGGGAUGUCGAAUCAGAGCAAGAGGAGCACUCUCUUUCACUUUCUCAUAGUUCCUCUCCAUCACUCUCUGAUCAAGAACAGACCACGACUCAAAGAGCCGCCGAUUCAGUUACUGGUUCUCAAGGAUUUCAUUUGUUCAAGCAACUAAAUGAGACUCCAAGCAAUGGUAAAUCUCGUAAUGCUUCAAGCAGACAGAAAGAGUUGAUUAACGCUGUCCAAAGGACUCCAAAAGAUCACCUUUUGGGGGAAUGUCAAUCCCAGACAAAUGUUCACAUGGGUAGAAAUAACACGCACUUCUCAACUAUAGAACAGAAGCUCUUGGAUGCAGGGUCAAAUCAGAGCCCGAUCGGUGCUGAGGUCCGAGGGAAAAUUGAUGGAGCAUUUGACUCGGGUUAUUUAAUGACUGCAACUGUUAAUGGAAAGCUAUUCAGAGGAGUCUUGUUUGCACCACAGGGACUUGGAGCCUUCCCCAGAGGACCAGUUCUCGCUCAAAAUCCACACUUGGCUGCAACUCAGCCAUUUCCAAGCUCGGCUCAUGAUGAACCACGCUGUAGGCUUUUCCAGCAGCCGAUGAAGAACACAAGUCCAAGAUCUGCUCAAAGCUUCCAGCCAACUCAUCAAAUGGCUAGGCCAUUUCCUGUAGUGAGAUCCACUCCUUCUUUACCCAAAGAACCAACCCUUAGAAGUGAUCUUCAAGGUGUGGUUUUAACACUAGGAGGACCCGGAAGCAGCCAACAUUAGGUGAAAUUUUUCAUCUUUUUUGCUUCAUUCAAGUUUUGUAAAUCAUGAAAUGCUUAGAUUGUUACCACUUUAAUUAAUUUUAAUUUUUUCAAAAAAAAAAAAAAUUGCUAUCCAUUUUGAGCUUGUGGGUUGUAGAGAGUUGGGUAAAUUAGUUGGCCUGUAGUUUAUCAAAUUUUUGUAUUUAAUCGGCUGUUAUUUAUGUUUUGUGAAUGUAAUGUUUUUUAUGAGCUUUUUAAUCCAUCACUUUUCACAAUGACAAUGCACUAAGGAAAAUUCUCAUU